AUGCCUUCCGUUAUCGAAUCUAUCAAUAACCUCAUUGCCUCCAUCGUCAAUACCAUCAUGGCAACCUUCAAUUCUAUCAUCGCUGUUUUCCAAUCUAUCUUCAAUAUGAUCCUCGGUAUCAUUAAUGCAUUUUUCGCAGCGCUCAGUUCGGCUGUUACUACUAUUGUGCAGACUUUUGAGGGAUUGGUUAGGUUUUUCUUGGUCGUAAUCGGUGUGCUCGCCGCCGCAUUCUGCGCAUACACAAUCUAUCAACGCAGUCAAGGACGACCUGUGGCCCCAGCACCAAGCAGCGCCAAGAAGACUUCUUGA